CAUGAAUAGAUUUUUUAAUUAUGUAUGUGAACCAGGAAACUACCCGGGAGCUCAAGCCGAGCCUUUGACCUAAAGAUCCAAUCCGCAAUGCAGUGAACUGACGUUAGGAGAUUCAGUCCCAUGGUAGCUAGUGACCAACAAUAAGUUCAUACACCACACUAGAGCGGUUCCAAUGGGAGAGAGGACUCUCCUCACCCUCGAUCGUAUACAUUGGUGCAGAGGAAUAAACGAUGUCCAGAAUUGUUCUUCUUCUAGCGCAUACACGUAAACAAUUAAAUCAUAAUGAUAUAAAAUGUAAACAAGAAAAUCAAUAUAAUUUGUCUGAUAAUUUUCAACAAUUAUCUAAUCCUUUGUGGUUAGAAGAAAAUAAACUUUCUGAUUCAUCCAAUUUUAAUGAUAAUUUUCAAGCUGUAAAUGAUCUAAAUGAAUUGAAAUCUCAUAUCAAUCAUUCAAUAGUAGAUGUUUCCAAUAUUGACAGAAAACAAAUAAGAAUCUCAGAGACUUUCUACCCAGUUAAUGUAAAUGGACUUUUUAUUUGGAAUUUACAUAUUAACAAUAAAUUAAAUGAAAUUAUAAUAUGUCCUGAAACAUAUCAGAUAUGGUUGAAUAAUCAAAAGAUUAAAAAUAUCAAAGUAUAUUUAGAUUGUCAUAGACAAUUACAACGUGGAACAUUAUUACUUCAAUUUGAAAUGAACCUUUCAAAUGAUUCAACUAAUAAUAAGCAUUCAUUUCAACAAACAAUUAAAUGUUUUAAUUAUCAAUUUAUUAUCUCUGCAUUUUAUUCAUCUGAAAUUUCUGUAAAACUAGAAGAUAAAGAACUUAUUUUAGAUCUAUUACAAUUGAAACAUAUGAAAUCAUUUAUGAAUAUGUCAAUGACCAAUUGGACAAUUCGUUAUAUUUAUCAUAUUUAAAUUAUUACCAUGUUGAAGAACCAGUAUGUAUAAUUUAAGUUUAUGAAUAGUAUAACUAAUAAACUAAUAAAUAAAAAUAAUUCUUAGCAUGA